AUGUCGACUCUCUGCCGCGUCUUCGUGACUCCAAAGCCCCCGCUUCCCGGUAAGAGUACCCGCGACGACUUGGGUCGCCUUCGACUUUUAUAUCUCGCGGCCUUCCCCGGCUGGCCAUCUGACCUUACUGAUGGGGUUCUCGCCGCACAGUUCCGCGCUGGUGCACUCGACGACAACUUCUGUCACAAACUCACCAAGAAACCCAAGAUCCCGUCAGAGGAUCUUUUGAUUUUUGUUCAACAGUACGAGGAGCAAUUUCGCCUCUCGCUAACUACUCCUUUUUUUCUCUGCAUCGGUCGUUCAGUGAAAGGAGACUUGCUCGGUGGCGACCCAAACCUUUCAAAAUUUUACGCAGCCGCUCCGGGGACGUUAGACUCGUGCAGCCUAAAUAGCGACUGUGUACCUCCCUGUGCCGACUGUGAUAUCUAA